AAAGCCUAUAGUCUUUGUUCCUCCACAGCCACUACUCACUCUCAUCUGCAAAUAACCUUUGUCUCAGUCCGAGACACGCUGGUGUAGGAUCUUACUGUUUUAUUCACCCUGUUGCAGCUUCCUCCAACGCAGGAAGUGUAAAACUUGUCGUGUAUUUGAGAUCACAUUACAAACCACAAUGACUGACCUGGAGAGUUCACUGGCCACCAUCAUGGAGGUGUUCCACAGGUACACAGAGAAAGAAGGAGACAAGCACAAACUGAAGAAAAGUGAACUGAAAGACAUGAUCAAUGAGGAGCUGCCAGCCCUUACAGGGCAAGUAAAGGACCAGGCCACUAUGGACAGUUUGAUGGAGAGCCUGGACACGGACGGAGACUCGGAAUUGGACUUCCAAGAGUUCAUGACAUUUAUCACCAUGGUAACUGUCUGUUGCCAUGAUUUCGGCGAGCACCAUGAAGACGAGUAGCUAGGCACCAGUUAAACAAGAGAGAGAGAGAGAGAAAGCCAGUAAGUUAUAAAGUAGGAACUUUAGUUUGAUAAAACACUGAAAUGUCAAUGCAAACUUUGUAAUUUUCCAUUUGGUCCCAUUUAGAUUCAAUGGGUUUCUUAUACUCUGUUUGCCUACAAAGGGUUAACGCACUUUGUUUCAUUGCCUGUGAUUUGUCAGAGUUGACAAAGCCAAAUUGGUUUAGUCCUGAAACGUCAUAGAAUAGUUUUUGCCAACAAAGCCUAGAGCACUUUUCUUGUAUACUGUAAAGCUAAGAGCCAAUGUAAUAUAUUCAUGCAUUUCUGCGGCUCUAAAUUGGUUCAAUUGUUAUCACUAACAAUGCAUGUGUAAUCAGCUACCCCAUUCAUUGGACAUGGUCUGGCAAGUAAAACAAGUAUUCUCCAGUUUGAUUUUGACCCCCCCCCCCCCCCCCACAAAUGUUGAUUUCCAGGCAAUACCUUGAAUUGAAUUCUGUUUUCAAAUUAAACUGUGCUUUGUGAGAUGCUAUUAAACAUAUAACAUAGGUAAUCAAUAAAGAUGAUCAAAUGAACACAAGGA